AUGUUUGGAAUACUAACCAAGAGCCAGGCCCAGAUAGUGGCGUUGCUUUCAAUUAUCGUCCUUCUCGGGGCGAUAUGGAAAGCAACGUCGCAGCCUUCACUGUCCACGCAAAAGCCGCUUGAAUGUCGAUGUUUCCCAGGAGAUGACUGCUGGCCAUCGUCUGAGGAAUGGAGCCGUUUCAACGAAACCGUUCGAGGUAAACUAAUCGCCACAGUGCCACUUGCCAGUCCUUGUCACGAUGAUUUCCCUGGCGUGAGUUACGAUCCAGACAAAUGCUCCGACAUAAAAGCGAAUUGGGCUCGUCCCUCACUACAUUUCAAGACGACCCAUUCUCCAAUGGCUUCCUUUUUCGCCAAUCAGAGCUGCGACCCGUUCACACCCCGCGAUGCCCAAUGUAUCGUCGGUACCUAUAUAUCCUACGCUGUUAACGCAUCAGACGCAUCGGACUAUCGCGACACCAUAGCCUUCGCAAGGGAACACAAUGUACGGCUGGUAAUUCGAAAUACAGGGCACGAUUAUAUGGGGAAGUCGACGGGCGCUGGUGCGCUGGCUAUAUGGACACAUCACAUAAAAGAUACUACUAUCUUGGACUACGUUUCUUCUGGUUACACAGGGAAGACUAUGAAGAUCGGUGCCGGUGUACAAGCAUUCGAAGCUCAAGCCGUAGCUAGAGCAAACGGCCUGGUCGUGGUGGAGGGAGAUUGUCCAUCAGUAGGAAUCGUAGGUGGUUACACACAAGGCGGUGGAACAAGUCCUUUAGGAUCUAAAUUUGGACUUGCCGCUGACCAAGUGCUGGAAUGGGAUGUAGUCACCGGAAAUGGUGAACUUCUAACCGCUACCCCUAGUCAGAAUUCAGACCUCUACUGGGCUUUAUCAGGUGGUGGCGGCGGGACAUAUGGUGUUGUUCUCUCAAUGACUGUCAAGUUACAUCAAGAUCAUCCCACGGCUGGCGCUACCCUUUCUUUUACCGAGUCUUCCGACAAAUAUUGGGAUAUAAUACAGGCGUUCCUAAUGAACUUACCAUCUAUUAUAGAUUCCGGCGCCAGCGUUUAUUUUCAAUUUCUACCUGGCAACAUAUUUUCUCUACCACAGUCGUAUUGCCUGGGAGGGAGUGCACAUGAUUUCGAUCAUCUCUUUCAACCUACCCUCCUAACCCUUAACCGGAGCGGAAUACCUUAUGAAUGGAAUUCUCGUAACUUUCCGUGUUUCCAGGACGCAUUCCACACGCUGAAUCCCGAAAUGAACAUUUCAGACGUGAAUCUUGGUGGGCGACUUAUACCUCGUACGCUUGUCUCGUCUGAUGAUUCGGCCGCUUCUCUUGUCAAUGCUAUCAAGUUGAUCUUAACUAGAGGUGGCAUUAUAGCUGCCAAUUCAAUGGAUUUCCACCGCCCGCCGACAUUUCCGAAUUCAGUUCACCCAGCCUGGCGUGAGACGUUAUUUCUAGCUUUCCUUGGCACGAUGUAUAAUCAAUACAACAUGACGGAGAAUAUAAGAGAUCAACAGACAAUUACCCACGUUUUCGAUCCAGCCCUGGAGGCGAUCACGCCAGGAGGAGCUGCGUAUCUCAACGAGGGUGACAUCCACCAACCCAAUUGGCAGGAUGUCUUUUACGGCCCAAAUUAUCCAAGGUUGGCCUCCAUUAAGAAGGCCUUCGACCCACAUGGUAUCUUCUGGGGCCCUACGGCAGUGGGAAGCGAAGGCUGGGAGGUUUCUACAGACAGCAGGCUUUGCAAGACUCGUAAUUGA